UAUUUUCAUCACAUUUUCAAACACGUCACGCCUCCUACAAAAUAUCAUAUUCCGUUAAAAAAAAAAAUCAUCACCAAUUUUAAUGUAAAUCUUUCAUAAACAACUUCCUAUCAUCAUUUGAUCCAAUCACUAAUAAGUCAAUCACGAUGGUGUUCGCGGACCAAAACGACGCCACUUCGUCCUCUAACCCCAUCCGAUCGGUCCCUAGAGAAGACACCCCUCUUUUAGAAACCUCAGACUCGUUGUCAUCAACGCCGAAAACAUUCGCCAACGUGUUCAUCGCCAUCGUUGGCGCAGGCGUUCUAGGACUCCCGUACACCUUCAUGCGCACGGGUUGGCUCACUGGAGUCCUCAUGAUAUUCGCUGUUGCGGGUCUUGUUUAUCGUGGCAUGAUGUUGUUGAUCCAAACUAGACGAAAACUCGAGUCCCCAAUCAUGUUUUCAAAAGUUAACUCGUUUGGUGAUCUAGGAUUCGCUGUUUGUGGUCCUGUUGGUCGUCUAGCUGUUGAUAUAAUGAUUAUUGCGUCCCAAGCGGGUUUUUGCGUUGGAUAUUUGAUAUUUAUUGGUAACACGUUGGCGAAUUUGUUCAAUGCAAUCCCAACUGAAUCGCGUAACUACCUUAAUGGUAGUUACAUUUUGGGAAUGCAAGCUAAAACGGUUUACAUAUGGGGUUGUUUUCCGUUUCAGUUGGGAUUAAAUGCAAUUCCCACUUUGACCCUUUUGGCCCCUUUGAGUAUUUUUGCUGACAUUGUUGAUGUUGGUGCAAUGGGGGUUGUGAUGGUGCAAGACGUCGCGGUUUUCGCGAAAAAUACUGUUGAUGUUCAUGCUUUUGGUUCUUUUCCUAUGUUUUGUUAUGGGCUUGGGGUUGCUUUGUUUUCUUUCGAAGGGGUUGGAAUGGCGUUGCCGUUGGAAUCGGAAGCACGAGAUAAGAAACGGUUCGGGUCGGUUUUGGGUUGGGCUAUGAUGUUUAUUGCUGGGAUGUAUGGGGUAUUUGGGGUGUUGGGUUAUUUUGCUUUUGGUGAGAACACUAGGGAUAUUAUUACUGCUAAUAUGGGUAAAGGGGUUCUUAGUAGUUUAGUGCAAUUAGGGCUUUGUGUGAAUCUUUUCUUUACAUUUCCUUUGAUGAUGAAUCCGGUUUAUGAAGUUAUGGAAAGAAGGUAUUGGGAAGGGAGGUAUUGUUUGUGGAUGAGAUGGGUGUUGGUUAUGGUGGUUAGUUUGGUGGCGCUUUUCGUGCCGAAUUUCACGGAUUUUUUAUCGCUUGUUGGGAGUAGUACUUGUUGCGUGUUGGGGUUGGUGUUACCGGCUUUGUUUCAUUACAUCGCGUUUAAGGAUGAGUUGAAGAGGGAAGAACUUAUGUGGGAUUUGGGGAUGAUUGUUUUGGGUGUGAUUCUUGGUGUAUUGGGGACUUGGUUUUCUUUGAUAGAAAUUCUUUUUUGAACCUAUGGAUCAAGGUUUGAAUUUGAUCAUGAAGUGUGUCACUCAUCACAUCAAAGUAUUUGAUGAUUGUGAAAGAAGAGAGCCUUCAAUCAAACAAUGAUUGUUGUUCUAUAUUAAUGCUUGAUGUCUAUGCAUUGGUUGCAAGUGUUUGUGUUGUGGUGUUUAGGGGGUGAACUAGUGUGAAAAAAUAAAGAUCACUCCUUGGUAGUGAAUUGAAAUUGCAGUUUGUAUUCAUGUUUGAGGUGGAUUGAAUGUUACUAUAAAAGCCAAAGAAAUGAAGGGUUUGUGAGUGUUGUCACAUUGUGUUAUUCGAUUUGGUAUUGUUA